CCGAGGCCUGCGGUGCAGAUAUCCGCAGGCACGAGCGCAGAGACAGCGACCCUGGGCCCUGAGCGCCACCAUCCAUGACAGGAGGCCGAGGACAUUUUCCCGUGACGCGGAGCCUCGCCUCUAAUCCCUUUUCCUUCUCGGAACCUCCAACGUAGUGUAACCCGGGGCAAGCGCCCGUUUACCUACUGCCUGCUACAUUUGUACAGCUUUUUCCUGUUCAGAAAGACUUUCCUAGACCCGCAGCCACCGCGCGAAAAUGUGAAGUAGAUGUAAUCGUCUACCAUUUGGUACAAGCAAAAAGCAAUCAGCAAUUGGACAGGAGAAGAAUGGCAUUGAAGCAGAUUUCCAGCAACAAGUGCUUUGGGGGAUUGCAGAAAGUUUUUGAACAUGACAGUGUUGAACUGAACUGCAAAAUGAAAUUUGCUGUCUACUUACCACCAAAGGCAGAAACAGGAAAGUGCCCUGCACUGUAUUGGCUCUCAGGUUUAACUUGCACAGAACAAAAUUUUAUAUCAAAAUCCGGUUAUCAUCAGGCUGCUUCAGAACAUGGUCUUGUUGUCAUUGCUCCAGAUACCAGCCCUCGUGGCUGCAAUAUUAAAGGAGAAGAUGAGAGCUGGGACUUUGGCACUGGUGCUGGAUUUUAUGUUGAUGCCACUGAAGAUCCUUGGAAAACCAACUACAGAAUGUACUCUUAUGUCACGGAGGAGCUUCCCCAACUCAUAAAUGCCAAUUUUCCAGUGGAUCCCCAAAGGAUGUCUAUUUUUGGCCACUCCAUGGGAGGUCAUGGAGCUCUGAUCUGUGCUUUGAAAAAUCCUGGAAAAUACAAAUCUGUGUCAGCAUUUGCUCCAAUUUGCAACCCUGUACUCUGUCCCUGGGGCAAAAAAGCCUUUAGUGGAUAUUUGGGAACAGAUCAAAGUAAAUGGAAGGCUUAUGAUGCUACCCAUCUUGUGAAAUCCUAUCCAGGAUCUCAGCUGGACAUACUAAUUGAUCAAGGGAAAGAUGACCAGUUUCUUUUAGAUGGACAGUUACUCCCUGAUAACUUCAUAGCUGCCUGUACAGAAAAGAAAAUCCCUGUUGUUUUUCGAUUACAAGAGGGUUAUGAUCAUAGCUACUACUUCAUUGCAACCUUUAUUACUGACCACAUCAGACAUCAUGCUAAAUACCUGAAUGCAUGAAAAACUCCAAAUAAGACAAUCUCUUCAGGAUUAUAAAAGUUGUAAAAUGCAACUGUAUUGCUGAGCAAAAAAAAAAAAAUUCAAAGCAUUGGAUUUUAUAAUGCUAAAAGGGCUUUAUUCUAUAGUUGAAUCACCUCUGAAUAAAGAUAUAAAAUCUA